AUGGCCAUCUCCAUCGCAGACAGUUCAUAUAGCCCCACGAGGCACCUGGGUUUUCUACUUGACCCAGAAAAGGUCAACCCUCGCCCCAAACAGAGCAUGUGGCAUCGACUCGGUCUUCGAAGACUACUAGGCCGUGAUGAUCGCGAAUUAUCCUGCCGGUCACCUUCUGGUGACUCCUCACCUCCCGCAAACCCUGCUUCCACUGCAAACAACAACGGCAAUGCCCACCACUCUUCCAAACCCCCCGAUAACCUGACCCGCAGACUUUCUCGCAGGGUAGGUGUCGGUCUGCCCCGUUCAACAACAUUCAAGAGGCAGGACUCGGAACGACGAGAUCGUCUAGCCCCCGUCGAACAAGAGCCCCGUCGUGCCGUUUCCGCCGACCGUCGUUGCCCGUUGAGCGCCCAGCGGACCAGGUCCCCACAGCCCACCGUGGACCCCAGAUUGUCCGCGCCCGAGGUUCCAUGGCACGACCACGCGGAAGAACCCACGGUGGAGGAAGUUGAACCACCUGCGACAACGAAUGAUGACAGUGAGGUUAUGUCCGAUUGGAAUCCGUGUCCCGAGGUCGCGGAUGUGCCCGAACAGCCGCCGGAAGAUCUGAUCGAGAUGGAAUUGGAAAAGCGAUGGAUACUGAAUCUGAGUAUGCAUUUUCGUGACCGUUCGGAGCGCGAGAAAUUUUUCGUCACCUACGCGGAGGCCCCCAACCGAUGGCGCAGAGUCACCAUUUCAUGCGAUUAUCGGGGCGCUCCUCCCGAUUCACUCGAGCAGGAUCUGAAGGAAUUACGCUACCAGCGAGACAAGUGCGCUCGAAUCUACGAGUCCAUCCGAGAGUCGCUUCCAGAGAUUCAGUUUUACGACACAGUCACGAAUCUGAAAUUGGAGACGCGUGAUGGCCGGCUCCAUGUGCACGUCACCGAAGACGUGAACGAAAUCAUCCCCUACCCUCCGACUUCUUGCAUCGGCCAUCUGCCGGAGGCUCGCCUUGUCCCUGAAUACCAGCUGCAUUUUGAGGCGCAUCUGUCGGGCUUCGUCUACAAUGUCCGACUGGACGGUAAGAACUACAUCAAAAAGGAAAUUCCCGGUCCCGACACGGUCGACGAGUUUCUCUACGAGAUCAACGCUCUACAUGCCCUCAACGGUUCUCCAAAUGUCAUUCAAGUGGAAGGGAUUGUUGUCAACGACCGGCGAGAUGUCGUGAAGGGGUUACUUAUCAGUUACGCCGAGCAGGGAGCAUUGGUUGACAUUCUGUAUGAGCAGCGGGGCACAAUCUCUUGGGAGCGACGAGCGCGGUGGGCCAGACAAAUCGUCCAGGGCCUGGGUGAGAUUCACGAGUCGGGAUAUGUGCAAGGAGACUUCACAUUGUCGAACAUCGUGGUGGACGCCGAUGACAACGCCAAAAUCAUUGAUAUCAACAGACGGGGCUGUCCUGUGGGAUGGGAACCCCCUGAAAUUGCAGCCAAAAUCGAGAGCAACCAGCGAAUAUCCAUGUACAUCGGGGUCAAAACCGAUCUUUAUCAGCUAGGAAUGACUUUGUGGGCGCUGGCCACCGAGGAAGACGAACCUGAACGGCAGCCUCGCCCCCUCUUACUGGGCGAGGAGGUGGACGUGCCUGAUUGGUAUCGCAGGAUAGUAUCGAUCUGCUUGAGUCCUUCUCCUCGACAGAGACUCUCGGCAAAGGAGCUCCUGGUCUUCUUCCCACAAGAGCUUUCAACAACAACGCCGCAAUUUCACCCGGCGCAUCUUCCGCACGGAGGCCUCGGGGUUGGACUGUACAACAGCCCGCUACCUUUAUACAAUGCUCGUGCCAUUACCACAGCGCCAACUUUUGGCGGUCCAAACAAUCGGCCAUUUUAUCAGCCUGGUCAUUUCCAUGAAAGACCGGUUUCUCUGGACGAGACAGGGUCGCGCCUAUAUGUCAAUAGCGUAGAGUCCUUCCCAGCGUGCCCUGGCGAAGACUGUUACAGUUUGUCACUUGACGACGGAAAAGUGCUGACCACGAAUGAACACUCAAACUCCAUGCACGAGUAUGCUGCUGAUAACCGGACUUGUCAGGUGACUUUUCAUUCUCGAAAUGCCGAGACAAAUGGCCAACGCCCUCACUCCUCUUCAGAGAGAGGCGUACCAGAAAACAAACAUAGCAACCGCACCCCCGACCGUGAUGGAGCAAAUGAGAGGGGACGACACACGAACGGUGGAGACUCUAUCCAUCAAGCACAUCCUGGCGAUCAAUCAGCGAACUCAUUACAUUUCCAGAUUGACCAUAUCCCGGCAAAGCUGGCGGGUGUCAGUCGAAAUCCAGCCUGCUCUUCAGGCAGCACUAGAGAACCAUCUUCAAAAUCCGUGAAAUAUCAUACGUCUUCUGCUUCAUCAGCAACAACUCAGUCCACUCAUCCGCAUUCAUCCUCGACGGUGGACCUUGAGUAUCCCUAUAUCCAGAAGCAAAUCUGGUCCAGCGAAGCACCAACACAUUCCGUAUCAUCCCUUCUACAAUCAAUUUUACCAAUCAACCCCGCAUCGGGUGAACGAAAACAAGAACCUACCGAUCUGAAUACAGACAGACUCUCACAGUUGGCCAUUCGCUCCGCUUUCAACAACGCAAGGCAUCGCCUGGCGGAGCAAACACCCUAUUUGAGCGAAUCUCAUUUACCCAUCAACCCAGCUACCCCCGACAAUUCCUCGGCACCAGUAUGA